AAUUGGGUUAAUAGGAGGUGGUGGCAUGUCUUACGGUAUUGUGGACAGAUUGAUUCAGGUUACCAAAUAAGAUAAAUACACAGAAUGGAGGACCCUAACAAGCCGUUCCUGGUCACAUCCUCUCUGAACUUCAAAGUCACCACGCCAUCCUUCUACAACCAGCCAAAGAAGUUUGCCCCUGUGGCACCACCACGGCCCAAAAGUCAGACACCUCCCUCGGCUCCUUCACCGACACCAGUAGGCACGGGUGUGAUUGGUCGAGUGGGAGAUUUGCCUCCGCCGCCCUCUUCACUCAGUGAUGCCUUCCCCCCCCCUCCCCCUCCACUGGAUGAUGAUUUGCCAGCCCCUCCCCCUGAAUGCCAUCCCACAACCUCUGACGUCCCCCCUCCCACCUUCCCCGCUCCACCUCCAGAGUCUUAA